AUGGGUGACAUCUACCGCUCCGCUGUCAGGACUGUGAUUUGGCUUGGACCGCCAGACGACAGCACAGCGCGGGCAUUUGCCACCUGUGCACGCCUGGCCAAUUAUGCUGGGACUGACAGCUUGGAGGGCGAGAACGUCGCCGCAGAUGCUAUGAAAGAGGAGUUCGACAGCAAUGAUACAUCAGUUGAGGACCUUGUGGAGAAGCCUUGGUGGUCGCGCUGUUGGGUUGUACAAGAAGUAAUCCUCGCUCGAGAUGUUACUAUCGUCUGCGGAUGGAAUACAAUGAGUUGGGAUACCUUCACGACAGCGAUUGACAUAGGCUUCGCUAAAGGUGUGUGGGAGACGCACGUUCUAGGUUUGAUCGAAAGCGGCCAGUUCGAAGAGCUCCAGUCGUUCAUGACCAUGAAGGAGGUCGACAAACUUGACUCCGUUGCGGACCGCUUUCUGGAUCUCCUCUUUGAGCUGCGACAGCGCAGUGCCACGGAUCAUAGGGACAAGAUAUUUGCAUGCCUGGGCUUGGUGAAUGAUACAAGUAUCGACUUAGCUAUCGUGCCAGACUAUCAAAGUUCGACCGAGCACGUCUACAUCAAUGCGACCAAAGCAAUCAUGACAUGUUCAGGAAAUCUGGACCUUCUUGGUGUCUGCUCGGUUAAUCAGCGGAACGAGAGCGUGUUGAAGGUACCAUCUUGGGUGCCGGACUGGAGUACCCAAGGCAGCAUUGCACUCCCGCUGGGGAAGGACGCCAAAGGCCAACGUAGAAAGUUCGCCGCAGCGAAGGACUCUCGCGCCUCACCACGGUUCACAGACUACAGCCAAACGAUUAUUUUGUCAGGCAAUGUAUUUGAUGAGAUCACUGAACUUGGCGAUUCACUUCCAGACAUGGCAGAACUAAACUGGGAGGUGUCCGACCUCGAAGAAGACGAACCUUGCGACAACACGACGGAGAAAGGCUGGUUUGCCGACCUUCGAGAAGCAGGAAAGGACUUUAGACACGCAGGGCAGAUGAUUUCAGAUAUAUCUUCGAACUUCUUUGCCCUUGUUCCGUACCUUUCUACGUUCAUCAACUGGGAGAAGCUUGGAGCGAUUCAGGAUCCGACGCCUGUUCGGACCGGAGUGUCACACGAAGAGGUAUACUGGCGUACCCUCUGCACGGAUCAGAUGCCAGAAGGCUACACAGAGACUCAACGCCAAUACCGCGAAUGGUACGGAUCGCUAGCCCCGAUUCGGAGCUUGUUACGCUGGCGCGUGGGCUUAGCCCCGAGCAUCUUCAAACCAGUCGGCCUUGCGGCGUAUCUCCGAUCAACCUGGCAGAAGUAUCCCGAUUUCGGUCACUUGAUGAAACAUUUGACGCAUCGACGGCUUGGGCGUACCAAGGGAGGUUACCUAUGCCUUGUACCAGCGUCAGCUCAAGUCGGGGAUGAGAUUGCCCUGUUUCGUGGUGGGCGUGUACCCCUGGUAAUCCGCGAUCAAGGUGGAGGAUACCAUACACUGGUUGGAGAAGCUUUCGUCUUGGAGAUAAUGUACGGUGAUGGGUUUGAGGAUUCUGCUUGCCGAGACAUCAAGAUCAGAUAG